AUGGGUGCAUUUCCAGUUGCACUUCUUCGUUUCCUUCAUCUUCGCCUUCGUCCUCGUAUUUUUUUUGUCAUUCCUCUAAUUAUCUCGCACUUCAUUUGCCAAACAAAUGCCGUCACUGCAUUCCAUCCAUUAUUACAUCCUGGUUGGCCAACUAACAUCACUUCACCCACUGCAUUAAGGUUAAGAUUUUAUCCGUCUGCAAUCCAAUAUCUUAAUGAAAUUGCGUCUGAUAUUUUGGCAGAACAACUUCCGCGAAUAAUUAUCCCAAAUAUCUACCAUCGAUUAUCUAAUGAUCAGGGUUAUAUUUCACUUAAAAGAGUACGAGUCUCCAGAUUCCGUCGAGCAAAACUUCACAAUAUUUCUGUUUCUGAACCAAACAAAGUCAUUUGGACUAUGUCUGGACUCAAUAUGUGGAUCCUAGGUGAUCUGUCUGGAGAGGUUGAUAUUGUAGUGCCGCUGGACUUGGAAGGUAUGGCUGAAAUUCAAGCCGACGGGAUUGAUUUUAGACUGGAAAGUGCGUUGGAACGUUCACCCUCUGGAGUCGGCCACAUCAGCGCGGUAUCCUGUCGAACUAACAUUAGGCAGGUUUUGGUGGAAAAUCACAACGGUGGACUAGCGGGAAUUGCACUUAAUCUUUUUAAAAUGGCAAUAUCUGAGCAUAUCCGCCCAUUAAUUCAAACACUGAUUUGCAAACGAGUGACAAGAUUUAUUGAUGAAGAUUUGAAUGAAAAACUGGCUAAAUUACAUAGAAAAUUGCCGCUUGCGACUGCCGUCAGCGACAGUUUAUUCACGCAACAGUUUGGCCAUAUACAUCCUGAAACUAUUAUGCAAAGGCUUCCAUUCAAUGUUACAAAUCUACUGAAAGAGGUGAAUUGGAAGAUUACUGUUGAUGAGUUAAAAGUACUGCUGAGUGAAGAUCCAAAAUGUUAUAACAACACUGCUGAACUGGCCAGUGUUGGCAGGUUUGAGGUGGAUAACUUGAGUGAACAAACGCCAUUUGGGCCAUCACCGUUACGGUGGAACGACGCUGGCAGUAAAAACAACGAAAUGAUCAGCCUUCUUUUUUCUGACUACAUCCCAAAUUCACUUUUCUACCAUGCCUUUAGACAAGGACUGCUUAACUUGAAUAUUGAUGAAAUCACCUCCCCAUCAAUGGCGUCAUUUUUGAAAACUUCGUGUACUUUUGAAGCAAUCUGUCUCGCCGACUUAUUGCCCAGCCUGUCAGAAGAUUAUCCAAAAAGCAAAGUUCAGCUGACAUUCACAGCGACCAGACCCCCUGUGAUAGUAUUUUCUUCAAAAGACAGUGGUAUCAUUCUUGUAUAUAUGUACACAGAAGGAACGCAGAAAAAGCAAGCUGCUGUUCUGGAACUGGAUGUUGUAAGCGAUAACCAGUUGCUCAUAAAGGAUAAUAAACUGCAUGGGAAAAUACUGUUUGAAAGGUUUGAUGUCCGCAACACUGUAAAUGAUUCUUCGGUUAACGAUGAGGAGUUGUCAAACUUAGGAUUACUAGGAUCAGAAAUGAUUGAAAACACAAUCAAUGACGCCCUUCGUCAUGGUUUCCCAAUCCCUGUGCCAGAAGGUUAUCAGCUUUUCUGA